UUGGGAAUAUUUUACAAGUCAAUGUACAUAUUUCUUGAAUGAUUUGCUUGUCAUGUUUUUCAGAUAUUUCUAUGACAGCAGGUGGUACAAUCGUUUCUUGAAAAUGAUGGUUAAACAAAACCAAGUACAUGUAUUAGUGGUUCUGAAUGCAACCUUCAUCCAUGGUGUAUCCCCUACACAAGCCCCGUGUCCAGGUGGAGUGGCAACACUGAAUACAGAAUAUACUAUAACUGGUGACAGAAGCAACUAUACAGGCUUUAUAUGGGUACGACCAACUGACGGUCGGUAUGUCGUCAACUGCAACCCCAGCUGCAGCCCUGUGCCUGGAUACAGGGCCACACUUAAUGGUACACACUCUACACUCACUAUAGACAGUGUCGGAGUGAAUGAUGCUGGAACAUGGACGAUCGUGGAUGCGACUGUAGUUGGUGCCAUCCCUGUAGACGUGUGUCAUCUCGCCGCAGCUAAAACUCCGGAAUGUAACAUCAGUAGUGAUGUGGACACAGACGCCCUUGAGCUCAGCACAAACCUGACAGUCACAGUGUACAUCAACGGCUACUACUGUUCCCUGGACACUGGCUUUAACCUUACCACUGGUGCUGUCAUGGAGACGUUGUCGAUGAAACACAACGUCAGUGAUGUCACGAAUGACGCAAUUACCAAAACUAUCAAUAUUGACCUUUCACGUUUUGGUGACGUCACGGUGUCGUUUGCAUGUGACGUCAUGAGCAGUGAUCUCAGCUGUAGUGGAGUUAAGAGGUCCACCACAGUGCAAUAUAGUAGUGAUACAGACACUGAUGUACUGGAGCCAGGUAAAAAUCUCACUCUGACAGUAGACAUCAGAGGCUACUACUGUUCUCAACAAGCUGGAUUUGACCUAACUACAGGCAGCGUCACAGACGUCUUGUUGCAGAACCAGACCGCGCACAACAUUACCGACACUGUCCAGCACCACUUCUUCAACGUCUCAUCUGAUCGUUUUGGAAAUGUCAGUGUUAUGUUUAGAUGUGACAACAGCAAUAGAUCACUUACGUGCGACGGAGUUUCCAAGUUGAGCGCUGCUCCUUCACCGACAACAUCCCCUACGUCGACAGGAACCAGCUACACGUCACCAAGCUCACCAACAGUAUCUGAGAGAUCGUCAACACCCACAAGUCCAACUACGACAGAGUCAUCACCAUCCGACCUCACCUUAGGUUUUGCUAUUGGACUACCGCUGCUCUGUUGUGUAAUUGCACUUGGUAUUGCAUUGCGUUUCUACCGGGAAAGGCUUAAAAAAAUUGGAAGGUACAUUGGACAACGUCCUUCUAAUAAGAUUCGAAGACAGCGUCACGAAAUGCGAUAACAGCGACCGAUUCAGGACAACCUUUCAUCCAUAGGGUAAUUACCAUGUAGCCAUGUAUAUGACUGUACAUCACUCAAUUGCCAUUUGAUAAAAAAGCUGAUCUCAGUAUUAAUGAUCAUCACCAUUGCAUUGUGCCCUUUAAAGCCAAGGGGGGCACAGGGGGCCCUGUCGGCUAAGACGCCGCGAUUCACUGAUCAGAUUUGCGUCCCUCCUGAUUGUGGUUCAAAUCCCGGUUCGCCCUGAUUAUGAUUUUAGGUUACUCAACACCAUAUCCGAGUUCGUGGGUUUCACCGAAGUGGUAAAUGUCUGAGAUCUGCAUCACUUCAGCCUUUCCUCCCACAUUAAGCUGACACGCCGUGAUAUAACUGGAAUACUGUUAAAGGGGCGUUAAACCUCCCCAACUCACUCACUCACUCACUUUAAAACCAAAUCACAGGGCCAAGCAGUGCACUCGUCUAUCACAUAGAGAUCCCACCAUAGCCACCAUGCUGCUGGCCCUGCACUUAUAUAAGAACCACCGUACGGGCACCAACAAAAUCGACACUCGGGACUUAGUAUAUGGUGGGUACUUUAAUGGGCUCCGUCCAGUAUAUAUCAUGUGUGUUUAUAUAUGUAACUGAGUCAUGUAAAUUUCAUCAUAGCCAGUAUGGUAUUACCUAAAUGUGUCUUUACGACACUCGGUAUUUUUAUGUGCACACUAUACCCCAAAUUAGGUAUUUGGUCAAGCCUUUGAAAUUAUUUGUGUUGAGAUUCUUUCAAAUGUCUCCAGUCAAAGACGGACAUGUGGAUACCGGUGGGUCCGAGACAGUCCGGAGCUGUAUGGGUAGCACGUCACAGCGAGGCUCAUGCAUUUGUCAUUAUUUCAAGUUACAAAUAUGCACACUAUUGAUGUACUGAAAAUAUCUUUGAAUACAAAUGCACAAUGUAUUAGCGCUGGAUGGUUGUACUUGACGUUACACCUCCACAUCCGAGACUAUCAUCUAAGAAAUAGUAGCUAGAUGUAAAUAACCCUCAACUAAAAGUGUAUAGUGAUGGCAAACCAGAUUCAUGACUUCUUUUUGUGAAAUAAUUGUUACAGCUGUACAGUGGACGGUACCAGUAGUGAACUUUAACUCAACAAACAGCCACACGCACAUGCAUGUACGUCGCUAUGUUAGUGGAAUAAUCUCGAACUCCAUUUCACCUCACCUCAUAUAGCCACAAAAUCAAACUGGCUCGAUAAUCAUUUAUUUACCUUCGAUGCAUAUAUAGUUGGUUCACCAGGUGGCACUGAUUUAAUUAUCCUACCAACGGAUAGAUAAUAACAUGUUGAUUGCAUGGUUCACGGCCUAAGAUGAGUGGCUCAAAGUCUCCACAAUUGUCACUUUUAUUUGGACUGAAAAGAUUUACAUGUGACACAGAACCCAUUGUCGCUCACUAGAUCUUUUGACAAACGAGUGGUGCCAACAUAUCCAAAGCCAACUUCAUUGUCCACGCACAUUUCACUGGUUUCAGAGCUUAACAAAGGUUUCUGAAAAAGGCGGGUUGAUGGGGAUUUAUGAAUAGGCAAAUAAUCAUUUUUAAUGUCGUCAUUCAAACGAACAACAGAGCGUUGUUGCGUACACACAAAAGGGCUUUGCGAAUUGCAAGACCCAGUCAGAUGUACAACAGAACAAAGCAUUGCUAAAUACGUCAUGUACAGGGAAAUGUAACACAGAAUAUUUACGUGAGUUCAAACGUAUGUCCGCUAUCUCAAGAUGAAUUACAAUGUUGGAUGACAAAUAAGAAAAUGUGAAAUGAAUAUUUGUGGAUACAAAUGAUAUUUUACUUCAUAUGAUGUUGCUAACACUAUUUGAUAUCGCUGCAAUGUUGGCAACUGUUGCUUUUAAACAAGGAUCGUGUGUCAAAUGGCCAGCUUAAUGCUGGCAUCUUUAUGGUCCACAUCAAGAGGCUACAAAGAUUGUAAAAGAAAAAUGUGAAUUUGUAACAGACCCACAAAUAUAACACAGCUCCACAGUAUGCAUGGUAGCAGUGAAUGAAAGCUUAUGUGUGCCUCUACAGACGCAUGUAAAUGAUGACUAAAUAGUAUCAACAUAUGCCUCAUACACCAUUGAAGGUCAUUGUGAAUAUGUAUGGAUCAAUUGUCAAACUGAUGUUUGGAAUUGGAAUUUUAUGCCUGCUGCAUUAAACAUUGAACUAACAAACAGCAUAAACAGCGUACAGACAAUAACAACACAUACAUAAAUAAAAUAAUAAUCGUCCUUGAUUUUUUCUUGACGUGUAACUUUAAAUCUUUGUUUGCAUGUAGUAGUUGUUCUGUUUCCUUGUUAUUCGUAAAAUAUAUAUCGAAUCAUGGUAUGAUGAUAAAGCCAGUUCCCUCCUGAAGAUUUACCUAUUUGGAGCAGCUUAAAGAGACCAGUGACAAACAUUUGAUAACCCAAAAGAGGCCGACCUAUUCCAUCUAAUGGUGGAGACUCCCCAACAUUCUGCUUUUGAGGCCAUCAGGAUCUCCAUCUGCUAAACAAUUUUCGAAAAUCUGAGAUCUCGCAGGCUUCUUCUGAAUGUGCAAUCGUUCUACUUGUAAAUAUUUUGUGAAUAUCCUUGUGAUAUCCAUGUAUUUUCUUUAAAUAGUUUACUAUAAACAUGAUUUAACUUCCAAUACAGAUGUUAAUAUUUCCGUAUAUUAUGCAUUUUCUGUCCAUUGUUAUAUGACAUUAAUAGCUUUAAAGAGCCAGUGUCAUACCAUUACCUGUAAUAACCGACGUCAAAUAAAACGUCUUGU